ACACAGGAAUCCAACAGGGAAGAAAAACCUCAGGAAUCCCCCAUGAGGAGGGGCUCCAAACCCAGCCCAGGGUGCUCUGAAGAAGAAAGAGCCACCCUGAGCCAGGAAGGUGGACAGAGCUUCAGCCAGAGUUCAGAGCUGGUGGUCCAUAAAAAGCUUCAUGAUGGGGAGAAGCCCCACAAGUGCUUGCAGUGUGGGAAGAACUUUAGGUGGAGCUCCAACCUGAUCAGCCACCAGAUGAUCCACACUGGGGAGUGGCCUUACGAGUGUGGGGAGUGUGGGAAGGGCUUCAGCUACAGAUCCAACCUUGUGACCCACCAACGUCUCCACACUGGAGAGAGGCCCUACGAGUGUCCCCAGUGUCAGAAGAGGUUUCCGAGCAGCUCCAAUCUCCUCCAGCACCAGCGGAUUCACACUGAGGAGAGGCCCUUCCUCUGCCCUGAGUGCGGGAAGGGCUUCAAGCGCAACUGCAACCUCAUCAAGCACCGGCGCAUCCACACUGGGGAGAGGCCCUACCAGUGUGCCACAUGUGGGAAGAGGUUUCAGACAAGCUCCCAUCUCCUCCUGCAUGAGCGGAUUCACACGGAUGAGAGGCCCUUCCACUGCCCCGACUGUGGGAAGGGUUUCAAGCACAACUCCACCCUCAUUACCCACCGACGCAUCCACACAGGGGAGAGGCCCUACAAGUGUCCCCAGUGUGAGAAAAGCUUCACCAGUAGCUCUCACUUGACCAGACACCAACGGACCCACCAGUAAGGGAAGCCCUGCAAAUGCCAAAAAUGCAGGAACAGCUUCAUGCACCACUCCAGCUUCAUCCCCCAUUAGAGGGCCCACAUUGGGAAGAACCCUGGUGAUCCAGUUUCCCUGUGGUCUAUGCUGGAAAAACACCUGUCCCUUUUCCUGCCCUUGCCAAAGACAUGAUGUGGGACGGAAGAACAUGAGGGUCUGGCCAUGGCCGUGUCAUUACAUUC